CCUGUCAUUCCACCCAGGGCCUGAUUCUAGGUCAGGUUUGGACACAAACUUCACUGGAAGAGUGGUGGCAGGUGCCUCUGGUAGGAACAUUAUGGCUGGGGGUGUGUGGGGUCGGGGCCGGGAUGGCCCCGUGGGCUCCUUAACUCUGACAGCUGUAGCUGAAGGAAUCCGGGCUAACCAGGGACAGCCUGCGGGACCCUCUUCUCCAGGACCUCAGGCUGAGCCCCAGGAGCUUGGACCUGAGGCUGAGCCCUAUAUUCAAACACUCACCCCUGCCUUUGAGGCCCAGCCUGGGAAUGAAGUGGUUGUCCCCGCAGCUGGUAAUGAGAUCUGUUCCCCACACGAUGCCCAGGAGCCAGCCCCCGAGAGACCAUACCAGGCCUUCCAGUAUUCCUGGGAAGAAGGAACCCUUGCAGACCUCGCGCUGUAUACAGCUGCGUGUCUGGAGGAGGCUGGCUACGCCGGGACCCAGGCAACAGCGCUCACUCUGUCCUCAGCCCUGGAAGCCCGGGGGCAGCGGCUGGAGGACCAGGUCCACAGUCUGGUGCGUGGGCUGCUGGCACAGGUGCCUAGCCUGGCAGAGGGGAGACCCCGGAGGGCAGCCCUACGAGUGCUGAGCGCACUGGCUCUGGAGCAUGCGCAGGACGUGGUGUGUGCGCUGCUACCCAGUUCACUACCCCCGGACCGGGCAGCCUCUGAGCUGUGGCGAAGCCUAAGCCGGAACCAGCGAGUGAACGGGCAGGUGCUGGUGCAACUGUUGUGGGCAUUGAAGGGCGCGGCAGGCCCGGAGUCUGAGGCAUUGGCAGCCACGCGCGCUCUUGGAGAGAUGUUGGCAGUCUCUGGCUGCGUGGGAGCCACUCGAGGCUUCUACCCUCACCUGCUCUUAGCACUGGUCACACAGCUGCAUGAGCUGGCUCAAGGUGCUCAUUCCCCUGACAGCCCUAAGGUUUGGGACCCUUCUCACCGAGGGCCACCUCACAGACACGCCAGCUGCACUGUGGAGGCCUUAAAGGCCCUGCUCACAGGGGAUGGUGGCCGAAUGGUGGUCACAUGUAUGGAGCAAGCAGGAGGCUGGAGGAGACUGGUAGGAGCCCACACGCACCUGGAGGGUGUCCUGCUGCUGGCCAGUGCCAUGGUGGCGCAUGCUGACCAUCAUCUGCGAGGCCUUUUUGCAGACUUGCUUCCUCGGCUGCGAAGCGCAAACAACCCGCAGCGCCUCACAGCUAUGGCCUUCUUUACUGGGCUGUUGCAGAGCCAGCCCACUGCACAGCUCUUACGUGAAGAAGUCAUCCUGGAGCGCCUUCGAACUUGGCAGGGUGACCCAGAGCCCACCGUGCGAUGGCUGGGCCUACUUGGUCUUGGCCACCUUGCAAUGAAUCGUGGGAAGAUAAGGCACGUGACCACAUUGCUGCCAGUCCUCCUCAGAGCACUGGGUGAAGGUGAUGUGCGGCUCGUGGGCGCUGCACUAGGUGCGCUGCGGAGGCUGCUGCAGCAGCCCGGAGCACCCGUGAGACUCCUCAGCUCUGAACUGAGACCACGCCUCCUACCGCUACUGGAUGAUGCUCGGGACUCAGUCCGUGCUUCAGCAGUGGGACUCCUUGGAACACUGGUACGGCGGGGCCAGCGGGGGCUCCGGUUGGGGCUUCGGGGACCCCUGCGGAAAUUGGUGCUGCAGAGUCUGGUACCUCUGUUGCUGCGCCUACAUGACUCCAGUCAGGAUGCUGCUGAGAGCUCAGAGUGGACACUAGCCCGAUGUGAUCAGGCCCUUCGAUGGGGCCUGCUGGAGGAGAUGGUGACUGUGGCUCACUACGACAGCCCUGAGGCUCUCAGCCGUGUCUGCCACCGCCUGGUUCAGCGGUAUCCAAGUCACGUGCAACAUUUCCUGAGUCAGACCCAGGGCUACCUGCGGAGCCCACAGGACACCUUGCGCAGAGCAGCCACUGUGCUGAUAGGUUUCCUGGUCUAUCAUACUAGCCCCAAAGGAGUCAGUCAGGACCUGUUGGACUCUCUGUUCCGGGACCUAGGACAGCUGCAGAGCGACCCAGAGUCUGCGGUUUCCUCGGCAGCACACGUGUCUGCCCAGCAGGUGGCGCUGCUUGCCCAGGCGCAGGUCCAAACACGCAGCUCCACUCUCUUCAGCUUCAUCCACCACCAUUCAUACCCUACAAGGCCCCAUCCACUCUACGAGGAUAGUCCAUUCCUACGCCGGAGCCUCGCAGGCCGAUGGAGCUGCCUUGAACCUCGUUGAGCCAGUCCCGGUAUCCAGUUUUGUGGGCACUGUCCAUGCUGUCGCCAGUCCCCACUAUAGCAGAUCUGCAGAAGAAGCCUUACUGAUGAUGGUUACUGUGGGCCUGGUGCUGGCCACUGGUGCCCCUUGCCCUGUAACUAUUUUCUAUGUGCCCACGAUGUGAAAACCGUGUUGCGGAUGGCACAUUCUACCUCAGGUGCCUUUUGUAGUCUUGGUCCAUCUAUUUAUUCUUUGCCAGACCAGCCUGUCCACUCCCUAGAGUGUGCCCUUCCUAGGACUCAGUCUGCCUAGCCAGAGUCCUGUCUGUCAUGGCCUUCCUAGUUACAUCAGUAAUCCAGCACUCCCGAUUCUUCCUACCUCUAUUCCCUACAGCUGUUCUGGCUUCUGUGCCCUUUGCUCAAGAGACAUUGACCUGUUCUCCUGUUCACAUCUAUUGUCCCUACUCCUUUGGAUAAUCAAUCCAUUUCCUAUCCCCACUCAUGUCAGAACCCACCCAUAUAAUGGUGUUUUCUAGAAGGUGUCUCUAACAUCCCUUCAUGCUGGAGAACUCAAGCCAGUAUUGCACCCCUGGGUGGAAGCAAGCACUCCACACCCACCAGACUGUGAAUGAGUAUGUCAUUACCCAACCCCUUGUACAGGGCUUAACUGGGAUGGCAUAGCUGGAUAGACAGGAAGUGUCAGUCACAGGUGUGACCCCACCCCUCCAGGCACUUGCACAGUCAGCUUCCUCCACAUAGAAGGGCUACAGUGGAAUGUCCUCAGGCUCAGGGAGGCCCCCUCACAGGCUAUGCACAAUGUGCUGAUGAGUGGGGGGCUGUUUCCCCACACUGUGGCCUCUUUGGGACAAGCAUGGAAUCCUAUUUACAUUAGCUGCCCUCGCACCUACAGGGAAGUUGUUCAAAAUAAACUUGACUUCUUGGCAGAGCUAGAACAUCUGUCUGAGAAAUGGGUUGUGAUGAGCCGGGCUUGGCACAAGAUUGAGCUUGGCUUGAGGUGAGCAAAGCAGGCUAGGGAGAAGCUCAGUGAUUGAGAGCACCUGUUUGUCUUGCAGAGGAUGGGGGUUCUACUCCCCGAGUCCACAUGGUGGCUGACAGCUCUUUGCAACUCUAGUUCUAAGGAACCUGAGACCCUCUUUUGGCUGCAACAGUCAGUACGUGCUGGUGUGCGUUUUGCAUAGACAUUCAGACAAGAUACCCAUAGGCAUAACAUAAAAACCCUCCCUUCCCCCUUUUGAGGGCUAAAGUCAGUAUGAAGGCAGGACUCAAGUUUCAAUAGCUUAGAGCAAAAGCUGGUCAGGGUCUGCAUGGGCUCACCUUAUGGCAGAGAAACUGCCAAAUGGUUUGGGUCAUAACCCCAACAGGACCACAGGUGGUGGCGCAGCUGAGACAGGAAGAUCAUAAGUUCAAGCCAGCCUGGGCAAUUUAGUGAGACCUUGAAUAGUUUGAAUAUGCUCAGCCCAGGGCACUAUUUGGGGUGUGCCUCAUUGGAGUGGGUGUGGCCUUGUUGGAGGAAGUGUGCCACUGUGGGGGUGGGAUUUGAGACCCUCCUUUUAGCUGGCUGGAGUUGCCCCUUGCUUUCUUUGGAUGAAGAUGUAGAACUCUCAGCUCCUCAAGGGCCA